GGAUACUGAAGUUGGCAUAGCUCUCACCCGAAACAGAGACCCACCUUUCUCGUCCGAAGAUGACCACUGCUCAGGAUUUAGUGUUGGUUGCCAAAGUCUCUCUCCUUCUGUUUUCUUUUCUCUCAGUGUGUUUCUGGGACCAAGCUUUGUGUUCUCCUGGGGAAGGACUGAAACAGUGGCAGAAGUCUCCAACUAUCACCAGCCACCAAAACAAGAGCCUCUAUCUGCACACACCUUUCCCCUCUAACUUUCUCUGGGGAGUGGGGACAUCUGCCUAUCAGACGGAGGGCUCCUGGGACCAAGGAGGGAAGGGACCGUCCAUCUGGGACCACUUUACCCACACAAGGGGAGCCAGCACAGGGACAGCAGAUACCGCUGCUGACAGCUACACUCGAUGGGAAGAGGACGUGAAGGCGGUCAAGUACUUGGGAACCCAAACGUACGUCUUCUCCCUCUCUUGGCCACGGCUCUUUCCCAACGGCGUCGGAGACCCCAACUCUGAGGGGGUGGCCCACUACCAGCGUCUGAUCAGCAGGCUUCAAGCCGAGGGCAUCACGCCAGUGGUGACGCUCUACCACUGGGACCUGCCACUGGCCCUGCAGGAGCCCUACGGGGGCUGGAAGAAUGACAGCACCGUGGAGGCUUUCGUGGAGUAUGCCACCUUCUGCUUUCGGACGUUUGGAGGCUCGGUGAAGUACUGGCUCACCAUGCAUAAUCCGUACCUGAUUGCGGUGCAAGGCUACGGCACUGGAGUUCAUGCGCCAGGGGAAAGCCAUGACCCGGCUGCCACCUUUAUUGUUGGUCACAACCUCAUUAGGGCUCACGCUAAAGUUUGGCAUGUGUACAACACCCAUUUCCGCCCACACCAAAAUGGCCAGGUUUCCCUAACACUGGGAUCCCACUGGAUAGAGCCGUUCAACGGAGAGUCGACACCUGCCAGUGUCCAACUCUGCCAGAAAUCCAUGGAGGCAGUAAUUGGUUGGUUUGCGGGUCCAAUUCAUGGCACUGGCGACUACCCAGCCUCCUUGAAAGACUCCAACCGAGGGCUCAUCCCUGAGUUCUCCCCAGAGGAGACAGCCUUUGUCCAGGGCACAGCCGACUUCCUCUCCCUGGCUUUCGGGCCGGACACUCUCCGCAUGGGUCAGCGCCUGCCUCUGUUUGGACAGGUGUUGUCCAUGGAUCUGAGGAAGGUGCUUGGCUGGAUUCGGCUGGAGUAUGACAACCCCGCGGUGCUGGUGGCUGAGAGUGACUGGUUCACUGACGCAUCGGUCAGAUGGGAAGACACUCUGGCCAUAUAUGUCAUGAGGAGAUUGUUGGGCCAGGUGCUUGAAGCUGUGACAUAUGACAAUGCACAGGUCUUUGGAUACACAGCUUGGUCUCUGGUGGAUGGAUUUGAGUGGAAUUUUGGCUACACAGUGAGGAGGGGUUUAUUCUAUGUGGAUCUCAAUGGUACAGACCUGAGCAGGGUCCCCAAAACCUCUGCAAAGUUCUACAGGCAAGUUGUUCUGAACAAUGGCUUCUCUGACUCAGAGAGCUCUGAGAGCAUUCAUGGAGAGUUCCCCUGUGAUUUCCAAUGGGGAGUGGCAGACCCUGUGCUACAUAUUCGUCUCCACCCGUACUCCGCUCAGUUUAUUGACCCCAACCUCUAUCGCUGGAACUUCUCAGGUGAUGGCAGUCUGCGCCCGGUUUCCGGGGUGACCCUCCGCACACGUGGCGCUCAGUGCACUGACUUCCUGUCCAUCCGACGCCACCUGCAACUUCUCGAGACGACCCACGUCACGCACUACCGCUUUGCCCUGGACUGGUCCCUCCUUCUCCCCGACGGAGAUCCCUCACACGUGGACCAAGAGGCGCUCAGGUACUACCGCUGUUUCCUGAUCGAGCUUCACAAGCUGGGAGUCAAAGCAGUGGUCACGCUGUACCACUCCAGCCAUAGGUCCCCAACACUGGGCAUGCCUAAGCCACUGCAGGCAACCGGAGGCUGGCUGAACCAUAGCACGGUCGAGGCUUUUGAGGCCUACGUAACCUUUUGCUUCCAAGAGCUGAGCCCUUGGGUCCACACGUGGAUCACCAUCAAUGAGCCCAAUCGUCUUGCUGAACUGCACAACGGUAGCGUAGAGGUGCACCGGCGGACAGCCCACCAUCUUCUCCUGGCCCACGCCCACGUGUGGCACGUCUACAAUGACCUCUAUCGGCCUCAGCAUGGCGCACAGGUCACCUUCACUCUGCAUGCUGAUUGGGUGGAGCCGGCCAACCCGUUUCUGGAGUCCCACCAAGCUACCGCUAGGCGCUUCCUAUUGUAUGAGGUCGGACGGUUCCUGGAUCCCUUCUUGGCCGAAGGCGGAGGGCAACACCCCGAUGAGGUGCGCGGGUACGCAGAGGACAUGGUCCAGACGCCUGGUCAAGCUGGCCUCUCUCCUUUACCCCACUUUACAGACGAGGAGCAGCAGAAGCUCAGAGGAGCCUUAGACUUCAUUGCUCUGAACCACUUCACCACACGCCUUGUCUCUCCUAGAAACUCCCUACACCGAAAUGCCCAGGCUGGAUCGAAUCAACACCAUGGUGCCAUCCAUGGCUGUUCCUUCUUCAAUGACCCCAAUUGGCACGUCUCUUAUCUGGGACAGGCUGUGGUGCCUUGGGGCCUUCGGAAAGUCCUCAAGUGGGUGAAGGGUCGCUAUGGAGACGCACGGCCCAUUGUCGUCAUGGCUUCAGGGGUGGAUGACCAGGCAUCCCAUGAUGACCAGCUGAGACAAACCUACAUUAGGGAGUACCUGCAAGAGGCCCUGAAAGCUCGAGAGCUAGAUGGCGUUGACCUCAGGGGACUUUACAUCUGGAACCUUCAGGACCGCCGCACCUUUCACUUCGGCCUGUUCGCCCCCACACAUUACGAGUCGCACCCCAAGGGCUCCGUCACGACGUACCAGGAAAUCAUCUCCCACCGUGGCUUCCCAUCUGGGGACGGAGGAACGCAAGAGUCCUGCCACCAGCCGCCUCCUGCCCGCGCCUACAGCUGCUCAGUCUGCACAAAGAUGUCUGAGAACAAGCCGCUGCUGUUCUUCGGCUUCUGCAUGUUGGUCAGCGCCGCUAUUCUCAGCGGAGUUUUAGUGGGGACCCUCAGGAGGAAGCUCAGCAUGGGGAGAAGACGCGCGGCACGCCCCAUGAGCCCCCAGCGAGUCACCAAGCAGCACUGGGAGCGAUUUGCCAUGCAGCGCGUCGUGCGCAGGCUGUGACGGACAGACUAUUUGCACAGCUGUCUUGCACAGCCUUUUACAUGCUGAUGAAUAGGUUUAAUAUAGAGACAAUGGGCCAAUCAUUUUGGUGAUUUUGGUCUUUGUGUUCGUGCAAUGCUUUGUAAUGUAAAUGACUCAUGUUCUAUCAAUAGCCGUGGCACUUUCACCUACUGCUUCACUUGCUGUUCUUGAAGUUGAUACCUCAAUGUUGGCUCUUUUGCAUGAGAAUGUACAGGAGAGUUCUGACUUUAGACUGUUAUAGCAAAACCAGUCAUCUGACAAAUGAAUGGACUGAUUACUUGUAUGGAUAUUGUAUGUAUUGUAUGUGUGUGUGUGUGGGCGCGUGCGUGCAUGCGUGUGUGUGUGUGUGUGUUGGGGAACAAAGCUAGUUGCAUACUUUGCAUACAUGUUUUCAACAAUGCACUUUAUUGUUUUAGCAUCAAUGUUUUAUCAGUGGUUUUCCAGUUGUGUUUUGUAUUGCAAUAGCCUGUAGCCAUCGUUCAUUUCACCUGUUUACAACAAUCACCUGUUUUCUUAUAAUUUUCUGUGAUCGCUUACACUGUUGUAUUGUAAGCUAUGACACAUAUUCAUUAUACAAUUUCAAUGUUCCUUUGAAAAGUAUGGAGUCAGACAUUGUGUUCUUUAGAAAUGAAAAACCUUUGGUGCUGUUCAUCUGCGCUACAGUUAGGCCCCCUGCUGGAAAUGAAUGUAAAAUACAACACAGGAGUUGUAGUCAGGUUCAUGCAUCAAUCUGCAUGCUUGUCUCUAUUGCUGUCCAUUCCCCACCCCC